UCUGGGUAUUGUUUUUUGACCAAUAUAGCAAAUCAUGUUCUGGGUGGAAUUCCCCUAACUAGUCAUUAACCUUUGAGAAGAUUAUGGUUUAGAGGUUUUCCUUUUGUGGGUGUGAAAAUUGUUAUAGUUUCAAUGAUGAACAAGAAAGUAAAGCACACCAGAUUUUUUAUCCUUCACUGCUCUCCAUUGUGGAAUUAAAAAUGGAAUCUCUAGGAAAUAGGGAUUUCAGAGAGCAGUAGUUCAAGAAAUAGUGGGUUUUCCUUUGGAGAUCAUCUUGGUUCUGGGGACGCAUUUCCUAGUGGAGAAUUGUUGUUGCUGUUAAGAAGUUGAAUUCAGAGAGUAUGCAGGGUUUUGAAGAAUGGGAGUCAGAGGUGAACUUCUUGGGAAGGCUGUCCCAUCCCAACCUGGUUAAGUUGUUCGGGUAUUGUUGGGAGGACAAGCAAUUGCUUCUUGUUUAUGAAUUUUUACCAAAAGGAAGUUUGGAUAAUCAUCUAUUUGGAUGGAAUUCCUCUGUGAAACCACUUGGCUGGAACAGGCGGAUGAACAUAGUUUUGGGAGCAGCUCGAGGCCUAGCUUUUUUGCAUAGUUCAGACAGACAAGUAUAUGAAGAAUUUAAGGCGUCAAAUAUACUUCUUGAUGUGAAUUAUGUUGCAAAGAUAUCAGAUUUCGGUUUAGGGCCAUCUAGUGGAAACUCGCAUGUGACAACCAGAACCAUGGGGUAUGCUGCUCCAGAGUAUGUUGCAACAGGUCACUUGUAUGUGAACAGUGAUGUAUAUGGAUUCGGAGUUGUGCUGCUUGAGAUGCUAACUGGGUCACGAGCAGUUGAUUCGAACCGCCCAAAAGGGCAGCAAAAUCUUGUAGAGUGGAUGAGCCCUUGUCUCUCCAACAAGAGAAAACUGAGAGGCGUCAUCGAUGCAAGACUUGUGGGUCAAUAUUCCCUUAAGGCAGCAUUUGAGUUGGCACAACUCACUUUAAAAUGCCUCCGACCAGAUCAAAGAACCCGGCCUAGCUUGCAAGAGGUAGUGGAAGUGAUACAAAAAGUUAAAUUGAUCAAGGUGAAGGAAGAGAACAUAGAUGGCCACUGGUGCGGGCUGCGCGGGUUGGUCAGUGGGCCCUAGUGGGCCGGGCUAAGAUUUCACGGUUCAAGAUCGGAUGGUGUAAUUCACGGAUUGGGUGGGUUGGUCCACGAGCUGAAAAAUCUUAGCCCAGAAGCCCACACCGAUCUGUUGUCGGUUUUUACGGUUUGGGAAGUGGUUUUGGCGGUUCGUGUGCCUAGCGGGCCGACAUGAAUUUUUUUUUCAAAGUUAUAUAAUCAUUUAUUAUUGUUACAUAAAACCUUGAAUAUUAAUUAAAAUAUAUAAAAUUUUAAUAUUAAUGAAUAAUUUCAUUACUUUUGAA